UGUCGGACCUCCGUGUGGCGGAGCUAGCGUUCAGCGGUGACAGCAGCUGUUGGAACAGCAUAAACUAUGUCAGUCCCCCCGAGUCUGUGUUGGGACAACGAAUCUCCUCCGUGUUUAGAAGAAGCAGCGUUUAACGACAGGAGACAUUGUUUAAUUUUUAUUUUUAAUGGCGACUCGGCUGAAUUUCUAGACCAAUAAUAACGUUAGUGUAGUGGGGAAGCUAACAGCUAGCAUACGUUACUUAACCUGGAAUUUGACGAAUUUAGGAACAAGAACCUGCUAACCAGUCCAUCUGGAAUAACCCGGGUUAUCUAAGCAGCAGGAAACCACAGGUGUCUGAGCUGGUGUCAGACUGUGUGAGCUCUCAGUGUCUGGUGUCGCCGCCCGUCCUGUGGAUGAAUUCAUGAGCGCGCUCAGUGACAGCUGUGCGUAGUCCUCGGGAAUGGGGAAUGGAGUCCAGGAACAACGGGCAUCUCUUGCACAAGGAGAAGUGCUGCCGCUGGCUUCCUCCAGUCAGUCAGAAGGCUCGAUGCACACUCGGACUGUCCUCAACGCGCUCUUCUCAGGGGCUUUAGCAGGAGCUUUGGCCAAGACCGCUGUCGCCCCAUUGGACAGGACUAAAAUCAUCUUUCAAGUUUCGUCAGCACGAUUCUCUGCCAAGGAGGCGUACAGGUUGAUAUACCGCACCUACCUAAAGGAUGGCUUCUUCAGUCUGUGGAGGGGGAACUCUGCCACCAUGGUGCGAGUAAUCCCAUACGCUGCCAUCCAGUUCUGUGCUCAUGAGCAGUACAAGAGGAAGCUGGGAAGCUACUAUGGCUUUCAGGGCAGUGUCCUGCCUCCGUUACCAAGGUUACUGGCCGGAUCUAUGGCCGGUACAACGGCGGCCAUGCUGACCUAUCCCCUGGACAUGGUGCGAGCUAGGAUGGCCGUAACGCCAAAGGAAAUGUACAGUAAUAUCCUGCAUGUGUUUGUGCGGAUUUCUCGAGAAGAGGGCCUUAAGACGCUGUAUCGAGGUUUUGCACCCACCAUACUGGGUGUAGUUCCCUAUGCUGGCCUCAGCUUCUUCACCUAUGAGACACUGAAGAAGCUACAUGCUGAACGCAGCGGCCGCCCCUUCCCCUACUCGUACGAGCGCCUGGCGUUUGGAGCCUGUGCCGGUCUCAUUGGCCAGUCGGCGUCUUACCCCCUGGAUGUGGUACGACGGCGCAUGCAGACUGCGGGAGUCACGGGUCACACGUAUGGAACCAUCCUGGGCACCAUGCGGGAGAUCGUGUCUGAGGAGGGGCUCAUCCGCGGACUCUACAAAGGUCUCAGCAUGAACUGGGUGAAGGGGCCUGUUGCAGUGGGGAUCAGCUUCAUGACAUUUGACCUUACUCAGAUUCUCCUGAGGAAGCUGCAUCAGAUGGGCUACACCUCUCGAUAAUAGCGUAUCGACUGAUAUGAAAAGAAUUAUAGUGAUAAUGUUUUUUUACAUAUCGCCCGGCCCGACGUGGUACUGUGUACCUGUACACACUGUUGUCGUGUACAUCUAAGUGCAAUAUGCUCAGUGAUUUUGUGUGUGUGGGUGCUGAUAGGUUAUUACGCUCUGUGCCCCUUGUGGAGGGGCACAGAGUGCCUGUGAGUGUAUUUAACGAUCAGAGAGUUCAGAGGUACACACACAUACACACACACAAACACACACACACAAACUGAUAACUCAACUGCCUUCUGUGUCCGCUUCCAACCGACACCCUCAAAUGCAGUGCAGGCUGCCACUCAUUUCCUACUGACUUUUAAAAUCCAUUUGGUUUGAUAAGAGUACAUUGUGCCCUCUUGAGAUUUGUUUUGAUUUGUGUACAUUUGUUUUAUGGAAUCAUACCAAAGGUUAGGAUGUGAGCUAGCUUCAAGAAUAUAUGAUGUUAGUGAUGUUAGUACAUAUGAGCACAAAAGAGAUAAAACCUUGCACAGAAGUAACAGCAUCUUUACUGCCAGGGAAUAGUGAGUUAUUGUUUGAGUUGAAGUUGUUUAAAUCUCUGAGUCAAGUAUCUUUAAUUUAAAACUUUAAUUCGCAGACUUUUAGUUUGAGUUAAGCUUCUGCACUGCCAUCAUAUAUCUAUAUUUAAUGCCAGUGCCAUAAGUUAUAACGUAUAAAAAAUGCCCCUAUUAUUACCUCUGCCAAGGAAGUUAUGUUUUCAUCCCUCACUGUUCGUUUUUUUGUUUGUUUGUUCGUAUGUUUGGUAGACGGAUCACACAAAAACCACUGAACUAAAGAACCAUUAUAUGUUGGUUUGAUUCCUGACAAAGAGGAGUACCAGGACCUGUUUUAAAUCACUUUCCCAAACAUUGCGAAAUAAGACUUUUGCUGACAUUUGAACCCCUUUUCCAGGGAUUAAGACAUGGAUCUUGAUGGAAAAAAACAAUAUUUAGGGUGACUGACAUCUGGAAAUCCAGAAUAAAAUGUACUUUCAAAUAGGGGUAGGUUUUUUCCUGCCCCUGUAUGUUAAUACAUUUUGGCCAAAUGCUGACAAAGAGGCAGAUAUAGGAAUUAUCCCUGGGCAGAUGCGCUCAACUGAGUGCCAUUCUAGUUUAGUUUUUUUCAAAAGUGAUUGACAGUUUAGUUGUCUGACAUAUCAAUACAUGUUGCUCUGUUCAGUAUGUCAGCUAAAAAUAACUGACAGGCAGUCUCGAGUGAUGCACAUCAGACCGUUUGAUGGGUCAUUUUACAGACCUGUGAUCACCAGUGAAGGAGGAACACGUGUACAGUCUAAUGGGAUCUGAUACAUCAGCACUGCAGCGAAUACAUGACGUUUACAAUGUCUCAAUAUUGUUGUAGCACUGUAAAAGGUAUUUCUUCUAAUCCUUGGUGUUUGUUGAUAUUGUUUCAGAUGAAUUAACAGGCGAUAACAUUGGAGUUCCGUAUACCGUACGCAAAUGUUGUCUAAAGCAUCCAUCGCUUGAGGAAUUUGCUGCCAUUUUAAGCUUGUUUUGUGUAAAUCUUGACAAGACACUGGCUCAGAUUUUAACUGGUCAUUGAAAUAAUAACUUGUGCUUUAGUGUGGACUCACAGUGUAGAUCGGUAUUUGCUACUGGACUGAAAACCUGACUGGAAAUAUGCGCACACACACACAGUGAAGAGCUUGUUUUGUUACAGGUAUAAUUCAGUACAUUUCAAUGUUCUCUAUAUUGUACUUUCCCUUAGUGCACGUUUAGUGUUUUGUGUGUACGUGAGUUUCAGCAGUAUUGAUGCAGGCCUCCAGUCAUGAGCAGUGUCAAUAGUUUCUAUACUUAGACCUUAACCACUGAGACAGAGUGGUUGAGCCAAGUGGAGCAGAGGUCAGGACGUUUAAAGCAGAAAGUUUAUCUUUAAAACACUUAACAUUUAGUUUAAGAAAGAAAAAUUUAAAAAUCUAUACAAAAUUUGUUUAAUUCUUAAAUAACAUAUAUGAGCACUUUUAUUAUUCCUUACUCCUAAAAGUCAACAGAGAAACUACCAUAAUAGUUAGUAAAGUCCAGAAUAAUGCCUUAAUAUUGCUAACCACCAUACACAUACCUCACAGGAUGAUGUUUUAAAAUAUGUUUUGAAAGAAAAAAUUGUGUUUGCACAUAUUUAAUCAGCAAAUAUUGUGGAGUUUUUCUCCCUUUUUAAAAAGUUCAAUCACCUUAUAGUUAUGUUAAAAAAUGUACACUAGUACCAGAAUGAUCCAUCUCACGUCAAGUUUCUAAAACUACUGUUGUGAUUUAAAAAAAAAAAAAUUAAAUAAUUAAUGGUUAAAAUCUGAAACUAAUGAACUUUUCAAACCAAGCAUUCAUCUUCCACCUUUAGUACUAAACAGUUUGCGAUACAUUCAUGUUAUAACAUUAGAAUCUCACAACCAUCUCUAUUCAGUACAUUAAACUCACAACCCUCCUCCAACCAGUAUCUGUCUGACCAGUUUCCGCUCAUCUCUGUUCAUCGAUGCUGUGAUUGUUUUCCUAAUUGACCAAUGAAUCAGGUUUAGGAGAAAUGUAGCGUUGAGAAGAUGGGUGAGACUAACCCUCUUGCAUCAGCAAACUUUAACGGAAGAGCAGGUUUAGUCUUUUGUUAUCUUUAGUCGUUACCCUAGGUAGCAGGAGGGAAACGUGUCACUAAGUUUUGUUGGAAGAUCGCUUGAAACCUUCACGUGUUCUGAACUGAUGUUUCCAAGCGUUGGAUGGAAAGAAUACAGUGACUGAAGCCGAGUGAAGGACAGUUACUGACACUUAAGUGCCUAGUGAGGAAUAGUAACGUUUUUACUCUGACUGAGCUACUCCUACCAACCUUUGUGAAGGUUGCUUCCAUUUUCUGGCCUUAGGGUUUGAAAUGUCUCAUGUAUUGAAGAAGCAGCAGGUGAUUUGAUUGUUAGAUGCCUGUGACUGAAUGUAAAAUUUCAGGUGUAGUUUUCGUAUGGGAAUUUUGUAAAACUUUAAAAACUGCCUUGCGCACUGGUGGGAUGUGCGAUUCUCGACUAUGGGACACAUGAGGUCAAACUAUUUCAACCCUUUUGGAAUUGAUUUGAGGAACAAGGGAGGAUUUAAUAUCUAUUUGUACCUUGAUUUAUAUGGUAUGGCAUUAAGAGAAUUGUAAAGUUAACUCCCCACCUGUAAAUCCAAGGAGCCAGGUAAACACAUUGAUCAAAUAUAGUAUUAUUGAUAUAGUCUAACUAACCUAGACAAUCAUUAAAUGCCAAAAAGUUUUAUGUUUUGUAUUUGUUUCAAAAUAAAAGUAUGAUCUUUGUGAAGGACUAGACAGUGGCUUAAUGAGAUGAAAUACUGAAACGCUACAACAACAAACUGCCAACUUGUCAUUUUAUUUGCUCCGAUCAAAGCAAAUUGUUUGUACAAUGCAACUGUAUUAACAUGUUACAGCAGAUCAUCUUGUGUGUGUUUGAUCCAGUACAACAGUGAUAUAAUGACUGCCUUGUAGAUCCUAGCGGUUUGUGCCAACUGAAUGUAAACGUACCUACUAAUACCACACCCUGUGUCAAGUCUGUAGUGUUCAUGGUCAAACUGUAGGGAAGUUUAAAAAUAUCAAAUUCUUAAAUAAACUGGAUGUCGACAACA